AUGGCAAGCGAGAUAUUCUUCUUCGCUUCAAAUCGGUUGAUGGAGACGAGCGUGACAUGGUCCGAUCUGGCGGUCGCAGUGAGGAGACAGAAGGUUGCCUGUCAGCGGUGCGGCGGCCCGCUCAAAUGCGCGGACUCACGAGCCGGUGCAGAUAUUCCUGAUCGCAUUCUUGACGGAGAAGGUGGUUCCAAGUGCUCCAAGAUCCUCGACACCUUUUUUGGCGUUGGCUGCAGAGUAUAGGGACAAGUCAAUGCCCGGAUAG